CGAGAGGAGAGUCUGGAGGAGAGAGCCAAGCCGCCCAAGCCAGUGCCAGUACUGCACUGCCAGUGCCGUAGCAGAGUACCAGAGCAAGCCUCUUAGCUGGGAAGGAAGUUUGGAUCAAACAAGAGUUCGGAUUUUGGAAACGCAGGAGGCAGGAGUUUUUGUUUUAUCAGUUCAGUCAUCAAGUGUCACUAGUGGACUAGUGUCAGUCUUGUGGUGUUGCCCUUUCCCGUUUGCGAUUAUACUGUACGUGGGCUAACCUAGGAAUUGUGUGACAAAACCUGUUGCCGACGCCGACUCGAAAUAUUGUGACGAGUUCCUAAUUGUCAUUCAACUUUUCGGGUAAGAGGAAACAAGCUUGAGAAGUUCGAGGAUGGCGGCUGAUUGUGGCAUUAUGGUGGCCAAGUACUGCCUCAAAUUGUUCAACUUUCUCUUCUUUAUCGCUGGUGCGAUUUUGCUGAGCGUCGGAUUCUGGCUGGCCAUCGACAAGAAUUCGUUUGUCCGGCUGCUAACUCAAAUUUCAAAGGACACAGCCCUGCAUCAAUUCUCGCAGCCUACCGUGAUUGAGCAGGCGUCUUGGAUUUUGAUCGCUGCAGGCGGCUUUGUGUUUGUGCUCAGCUGCCUCGGAUACUGCGGAGCAUACCAAGAGUCAACCUUCAUGCUCGGCACGUACUCCAUCCUGAUUGUGGCUAUCUUGGCUCUUGAAAUCACUGCAGCCGGCCUGGCCAUCAACUACAAAGCAGAGGCUGACACAAACACACGUGAGUUCCUGAAGUCAACCAUCUCUAAAUAUUAUGCCACAGCAGAAAAAGCAGAUGCCGUUACCUUGAUGUGGAAUUAUUUGAUGGCUCAAUUCAAAUGCUGUGGAGUUGAGAACUACAGAGACUUUAGUUUGUCUGAAAAGUGGCAGCAGAGCAAUAAAGUUGUGCCAAACGCCUGCUGCGUCCUAGAAGGAGACAUUCAGUAUUUCAAACCCAAGGACCCAGCCUGUCCAGAUAGACCCUCCGAGUCCAACUCUUACUACAACAAGGGUUGCUACCAGGCUCUGUACAGUUGGAUCAAGCAGAAUUUGGACUUAGUGAUUGCUGUGUGCCUCUCGCUAGCUGCCAUCCAGGUGCUGGGCAUCAUCUUUGCCUGCUGCCUGUGCCACUCACUGGGUGGAUAGCGUCGAACUAUGCUCGGGACCGAAUUUAAUCGAGUAACCCCAGAGCGCAGAGAGAGCUAUUGAACAUGUUGUGAACAGUGUCUAAAUACUCUAAAUAAUAAAACGUGAAAGUAAACAAUAACUAAAACUCAUAAACAUAAACUAGAGAAAUAAGUGUGCGGUCUACUGAACAGUGAGUGAGGAAUAAUUUUUUAGGUGUGUCCCAACUAUAACUAUUAUGCAUGAGUUAUUGAGUUGCGUAUAUAAUGUCUUUACUGUUGCGUUGUCUUUAAGAGUUGCCCCUUAAAGUAAGCCUUGACACAUGUGUGCGUUGUUUACCUAAAUCAGCGACUUUGGUAGGCUCUCGGAAAUGUCCAACCUGUGCCUAUUGGAGUAAUAUCUUUGUACCUAUUAGUAUUUAAAUAAUAUAAUGUACAUAAAACACUGAAAAAAUAAUGUUUUUGGCGGAGGUCCUUGUUGCCACCAAUUAGCCGCAAUUAGCAAUUUCCCUUCAAUUUGGCCUUCAACUCUAGUGAAGUUUUUUCUAUUGAAGAUUUUACCACUCAAUGGAAUAUUUAUAUCGUUUCUAUAUUCUAUGGACCCAUGCUUUCAUGCAACUCAAUUUUUCUGUGGCAUUUUUAAUUGUUAACUUUUAAGUGUUGCUGAGAUAAUAUGGACAAUACCAAUACCUACCAUUAUUUCAAAGUUAACAAAUUAUAUAAUCUGAAUAUUUUAUCUCCUAGCUUUUAGGCAGCAAGUAGAUGAUCAGGUGACCAAUCAUGUAAAAAAAAUCAGCAAAGUUGGAAAACCACAUUUAAACGGAAAAAAAUUUAAAAUCUUAAAACUAACAAAUUUCAUUUAUCAACCUAUUUCAUGAGCACACGCUCUGCUUGACUAAUACAAAGAAUGAGCGAGCAGCUAAAAACUAGACUUACAAUCAGCUAGUCGCGGCAGCCGGGCAUAUUUGGCCCACACGGUCAGCCGCCGCCAGCCACCGCAGAAAAAUUUAAAGAAUAAAAAAAAUGAAUCUCACUUUUUUAAUUAAUAAAAUCGUUUUUGAAUGAAAAAACAUUUUUCGUAAAAACAAUUGUCAGCCAGCCGCUGAGAUUAUUAUUGUUUAUUCUUCACAAAUUAAGUCAAGCGCAUGAAAUAAGGAAUAUAAAUUCGAAGAAACGGCAGCACCUCAGGCGAACAAGUACAUAGCCUAAAGAGAAGUCCUCGCCAAGAUGGGCCUAACAUGUAUAAGUCUUAGAGUAUAUAUUUUGAGACUUGCAACCUUGCAACGCUCGAAAUUUUGCCGUUUUAAGUUUAUUAUAAAUCUGACCAGAUUCACUACACUUUGCUAGUAAUAAUGAUGAAAAUACAUGAGUGAGUGUGUAAAAUUCUUAGCGCAAAACCGAAACUUUUUUCGGAAAUACAGUGUGAUACUAGGGGAAUGAAAAGACAUAAUUCAGACCAAACUCUGUUGUAAUGAUUUGGUGGUAAAGGAAAAUAAGAAGUAAGUCUUUCGAAAACACAGAAAUUAUGAUCCCCAGAAUUUGUAAUGCCUUGCUGAAAUCUUUGAAAGUCUUUGAAAAUGUCAUCAAGGU